GUACCGCGAAACAAAAAUAAAAUGUGACAACCACCCCCGUCUCAAAUCACAAUCACUAUCACAAUCGCCCUAUCAAACAUUUCCUAUCAGCCCUCUCAAAUUUCAAAAAGAUCCGAACUUUAUUUUUCCUUUCAAUUUUCUAAAACCCCCCGAUUCAAAUCUUCGCUGCAAAACCCUAAUUUUGUCGGGAAUUCUUGUUCUGUAGAUGGGUUUAAGAUUUCUCAAAGAAUGGGUGCUCUAGCAAGUAGUAGUAACCACAAAAGAGACCACCGAUAUACCAACGACAACCUAUUUUCAAAUUCUCCAGAUUUUCACAUAUCUAAAAAGCCCAGAUUCUCUACUUUGUAUCAAACUCCUGAAUACAACAACCAAACCCUAGGUUCCUCUAACAGUAUUGCCUCUAGAAUCUCUAGGUACCCAGAAUCAGCUACAAAGUUUCGCCGAGAGGUCCACGCCCCUUGUAGACCUCAGAAAUUUGGCUUGUCAAAGAAUAGAAGUGGUGAUUUUAGUGAAAAGAAGAGAACUUUUGGUAGUGGUGGUGGCGAUUUAAUGUGGAAGUUUUUGAGUAAAAAGUUGGGUCAUGCGAAACAAAGCGCGUUUGGUGCGAUUAGGUAUUUGGUUAAAGAGAAAGAAGUGGUUGAUCUUGAUAAUGAGAGUGAGAAGAUUGAGCAAGAAAUUGUGUCUGAGGAUUCUAGUAUUGAAGAAGUCGAGGUCAUUGAAGACGAUGGAAUAGAGGGAGGGUCCACGGUUUUGGACCAGAGGUUGGGAAGUGGGGAUGUUAAGAUUUUGGAGGAGAGAUCAGUGGUUACUAUUGAUGGGGAUUUAGGGGUGGAGGAUGCAGGGAAGAUGCUGGGUUCAUUGGCAUUGAAUAAUGAAGUUGAAGUUUUGGGUGUUGAGGCUUACAAGAAGUUGUUGAUGAAUACAGAGAGGAGGAACAGGAAGUUGACAUCUUUGGAAUUUGAGAUUGAGUACAAUGAGAAAAGGUGGGGUUCGCUUAAGGCCUUGCGGCCUGUGAAGAAGGAACCUGUAGAGGAGAUACCUCGUGAGCCUUUUAUCCCUCUCACACCUGAGGAAGAAGCCGAGGUUAAGCGUGCAUUUUUGCCCAACAAUAGGAGGAGGGUCUUGGUCAGUCACGAUAAUUCCAAUAUUGAUAUUACUGGAGAAACUUUGCGCUGCCUUGCACCAGGAACAUGGUUGAAUGACGAGGUCAUAAAUUUGUACAUGGAGUUGCUUAAAGAAAGGGAAAGGAGAGAACCGAAGAAGUUCUUGAAAUGUCAUUUCUUCAAUACUUUCUUUUACAAAAAGGUAUGACUUUACUUUCUGUCCUUCAAUCUUGUUAAACGUUAGUCUCAACGUAAUGCAUUGAAAUAUUAAAAAUAGUACUCUUUUGGCAGCCAUGGUUCAAUUUUCUUGAGAAUUAGUGAGGUUUGAUUUGUCAAUUUCGAGCCUGUUCCUCUGCUUUCAUGUUUUCCCCUUUACAUUGUUCAUCUUUUUAA